AUGGGAAUUCCAAGAAAAGUAAAAUCUGACAACGGCGCACCGUUUAACAGUCAAAACUUCAAAGAAUUUGCUAUCAAGUACGGAUUUCAACAUCACAGAGUGACGCCGUUGCAUCCACAAGCCAACGGUACAGCGGAAGCAUUCAUGAAACCUCUCAUCAAAGCCUUAACAACGGCCUGUACGGAAGGAUUUCAGUUACGACAAGGACUGUGCAAUUUCCUACUUAACUACCGCAGCAUCCCACAUCCAAGCAAAGGUCGCUCACCAGCAGAAAUCAUGUUCGGCAGAAAACUUAAAACGAAAAUUCCUACAUACAGCAAACCAGAAAACGACGAUGAAAUACGAAAAAGGGAAACACUUGCAAAACGCAACCAAAAGCGAAACGCAGACGUCAAACGGAAGUCCAAACCUGCGGAUCUCAGAAUCGGAGAUACCGUUUUGAUACGACAGAAACCGCGUCAUAAACUGGAUACGCCAUUUAACCCAACUCCAGGGACACUCAUCAAAAAGAAUGGCUUUACCAUCACAGUUGAACACAAUGGAAAACAGUUUCGUCGCGAUGCAUCACAUUUUAAACCAGUACAGACAGACGUCCAGGACCGACGACGUAACGUCCACAACGGCGGCACAAUCCCGACGCCGACGGUCCCAAUGGCAGAAUCGUCGACCGCCAAGCGUUUUGAGGACUGA